AGACAGCAGUGCAUUACGGCGCGUGGACCAGUCUCGACGCGUCUCCUCGCUUAUAACUGCAUCACCGCAGAAGCCUUAAAAAUGCAGUUUAAUCGACAGCGUGUCCGCAUGAAAGGUUUUCGCUGGUGAUUUUAAUUUCCCUCUACUCUUGACUGAUGACUUCUCGAAAGGGGGACACUUUGGACUUUUAUUUAUUGCUCAGCUUCAAAAAUAAUAAUAAGACUGUCUACGGAUAUAUGACUCGAAUGUUUCAUCAGUUAAUGAAUGAGAUGUUUCGUUGUUGAGCUGAACACUGACCGACUGCUACAGCAGCUGAGCUCACCUCGGAAGGAAAGCCUCAUGCCUCCACAAAGCCAUUCGUGAGUCAAGGCUUCCUCCACAGCAGCACAGCAGCAUGGAGAAAGGGCUCCGAGCACGACUCGAAACAGGAGCGGGAGAUGACCACGACCCUCUUACUCAAGGGAGGACCCCAUUAGUGAGGAGUGCUGACUUGGGACAUGAAUGUUGCAGAUGUAAUGGUUUGAUCAAUACCCACAACUUAAUGGUGGAGUCUAAGGAAGGACUGGUGUCGGUCUAUUCUGCCCCACAGUACCAGGGCCAUGUGGGGUCCAGGGACAUAAAUGGGACACAGGACGGUCGAGGACCCCCAUUGUUGCUCAACCCCAGUGCCCUGCCCCAGGCUAUAGAGCCUUACUACAGACCCAACCUCCUUCUGUACCCCGAGAGCGUGUUGAGAGCAUGGGGAGAGGGGGGGGACUGCUGCGAGACCACCUUCAUUGAGGAGAUGAGCGCUGCCUCGUCUGGCUCAGCCGUCGCUAGAGACAGACUUCUGUUCACUGACAGCAAGCUUCUGGAUCUCUCUGUGGAAGACGCCAGGAUCCAGACGCUCUCCUGUGAUGCAGAUGAAGAUGAUGAAGAAUUUCAGGAACUCGAGAGUGAGUACUCCAGUGACUCAGAGAGCGAAGACAAUUUCCUCCUGAUGCCUCCGAGGGACCACCUGGGCCUCAGUGUGUUCUCCAUGCUCUGCUGUUUCUGGCCCCUGGGCAUCGCAGCUCUCUACCUGUCUCACCAGACUAACAAAGCGCUGACUAAAGGAGACUUUCACCACGCCAGCUCCAGCUCCAGACGUGCGCUCUUCCUCGCCGUACUGUCCAUCACCAUCGGGACAGGCAUCUACGUGGGUGUGGCUGUGGCUCUUAUAGCAUACCUCUCCAAAAACAAUCACUUGUAGCCUUCCCAUGUCCAAAACCACUCUCACGGUCGGAAGAAAACUUGAUUAUUUUGGGAUCUGCUUUUUGGGACAACACCCAAUGGUCACGAUACAGGACUCACCAGCAAUGUGCUCCACUCCUGCACUUUUAAAAGUCGUGUUUCCAUUUCGUUGGGAAGAUCAGCGUUUGUGUAAAUGGUCUUGAUCACUUAUCUGCAUUUUCAUGUGAAUGUGCCGCCCAUCACUAUUGUUUUUUUUUGUUUUUUUUGCGCUCAGUGUUUGUGCAAGUUCAAAUCUAUUUCUACACACAAAAGAUUUUGGCCAAGUUAAAGUCGAUAUGAAAACCUGAUUUAUUUUUUUAAUGCAUGUUCUUAAAAAUAGUUCUUCCAUACUGUGCACGUUUUUUCCAAAAAAAAAAAAAAAAUCUCCAAAAUGGAUUUAUUUGCUCUGUCACUGUACAGCUUUCCUUUUUGUCAUCAGAUGGAUGGCCAAUCCGUGCAAUUUCCAAUGGAUGAAAUCAGGGGCCGGUUGCACCAGCUGUGCGCAAGUUACAAGUUUUGAUGUAAAAGUGCAUUUUACUAUUAAAUAUUUUUGGAUUGCACCAACUCUACACAUAAACUAAGUAUUGACUAAACAAGCCUCCAAACAGAUGUAACAGUUGGAAUGAAAGAGCAGAAUGAUCAAAUGGCAUCAAUAAGGUCAUGUUUUACCUGACAAACUUUAUAGACAUACAUAAUGUAGAAGUGAGCAAUAUUUUUUUUUCUUGAUUAUUUUAAUGAUACUUUAACAAUAUUUGGCUGAGUGUGUUUUUGUGCUUGCAACUUGGCUGGUUUAGGCCUAUCAUGGAUAAAUAUGACACUAAAACCUCCAGAAAGUCCCUGUCUUAAUGAGUGAUUCAUUGAAUCAUUAAUUCAAAUGAUGUGUUCAAAACAAUGAUUCAUUUAGAAACUAAGCAUGUGACUGGCUGCAUCCGAAAUCGCACCCUUACUGUACCUACGAUAUAGUAGGUCAAAAACAAAAUAGUGUGUGACAGUUGAUGUUUCAUUAACAAGGUUCGGGGGCUCUCUGGGUUUGGGCUAUAUUCCGGGCUCAGAGUCAAAGUAAAGUAAAAGUAAAAGUUCCUACUUAAGAGAGGAUGUGAUUUCAGAUGCAGACCCGGUCUUUAUGAACAUAUUAUUGACUCAAAUGAUUCAUUCAAAAACAGAUCCAAUCACUCAGGAAACAAAUCUUCCGGCUUUGUUUGUAACUAUUUUUGUUGGUGAAAAACCCCCAGAUAAUAUUGUGUCUAAAAUGUAACUCAUGUAACCCAAUUAAUUGUUACCCCAAAAUUAACUUCUUGUUUGUUGAACUGUUGUAUAAAAUCAGUAUCACAUUUGCGAUUAUGCUCACUUGACCAUGCUAAUACCUGUAUUUGGGAACAUCAUACAUCAUAUCAUGUUUUGGGUUGUUUUUGCGAAGUGAGUGACAUCAAUAAUGGCAACUUGCUCAUCGUUGAAACAACAAUUACAAAAUUAUCAUAGAUGAUAAAUAUCGCAUACCCCUAAUAUGGCUGUUAACAUUUUGAGAGAAUAUUACGUGAAAAUUAUUGUUUACAAACCUGAUCUCAGUGUUAGAGCAUUGCAUUAGCAGCACAAAAGGUUGUGGCUUCAAUUCCCGGGGAACAUACAUAUUGACAAAAAAUAAAAUAAUGAAUUAUAGCCUGAGUGCACUGUAAGUCGUUUUAGAUAAAAGCUUCUGCUAAAUGCAUAAAUGUAAAUGUAAACAGUUUGUGUUCAUCGCUCCGCGUUUUGCAUGGCAAGUAAUAUCAAUCAUAUUAAUUAUUUAUUUUUUAUAUAAUUUUUUAUUGUCAAUUGAAAUUGCAAUGUUAUUUCAUCACGUAGUAUCAUAUUUUCAUAGAAAAACAAAUUUUUGUCAUUUUAUGUGAGGCGCAAUAAGAUAGAAACAACCAUAAUUAGAAAAAAAUCAUAGCAUUUUAACAACUUGGGUCCUAUUAGAUAAUUGAAGAUAAACGCCACAUUACGUGACUAUGUAUUAAAUGGUGCAACAAAAAUCAAGCACGGAUUUAUUUACAAACUAAGCUAGUAUAAGUUACAAAGGAUUUAGUGUGGUUCCAAUUUAAGUAAGAACUUCCGAACGGCUGGUGUAACCCUACCCAAGUCUACCCAUUUUUCUUUUUUUAAUUGUUGAAUUUUGCUUUACUCGGUAACAUGUCUAAUUUUAAAUUUACAGUAAAAGGGUUUAUGAACAGUAUUUCCUGUUGACUUUAAUAUUGGUUCGUCACAAACAGAGUAUUUGAUAUACAGAUCAAACCUCUCUAAAGAUGUGAACGGGAUCUGAAUCUGAACAAUCAGUGUUUUUUCUGGAAUGUUUUUUGGAGUACACGAAGCAUCAAUCUGAGGUGCCACAGUGCUUUCAAGCCCUUUUAAUAAGAGCUACUCAAUCUUACUGUCUGUGACACAAGAAGGGGCAUUUUCAACUCUCUUUUGAUAUUACAGACACAAAAUGAACAUAAAGCCAUAUAGAUGGGUUGCUCAAGCCAGCGCAUUGACUUUUUUCAAAAUGUAAGGGUGAAAUCAUUCUCAUGGGGCUGUAACAUUUAAUACGAACUACUCUGUAAUCAAGUCCUAAGGCUUUCAGUUUAUACAUGUCAAUGUAUGAAUCUCCCAUACUUUGGGAAACACCUCUUGCCAGCAAGCUCAUGCUAAUUAAAUGUGGUCUUUUCAUUCAAAAAUGGUGUUGGUGUGUUUAAUCUGGGCCAUUUGCUUUCAGAUUUGUUUUAUUUCUUUUACUUUGAAAAUAAUUAAAUUAUGGUUCAGUUAUAGACAGACAGCAAAAUAUGGCAUAUGUCCUUUCUGGGUUUGAUUUUUCCACAUGUAUACAGAGAAAUGUAUCUUUACUGUGGAUUCAACUACCAUGUUAACAGAACAUCAGUAAUAGCAGAUUUGCAACACAGCAUUUGCUCCAACAAUAACCUAAUGUUAAUUUAUAGUAAUGUAUUGAUUCAGAGUAGAUCCUUGGAUUCUAAAAAAACUUUGUAAAUUUUAUA